UAAUUGAAGGAGAAAGAGGUAUUUCAUUUUCAUCAAUCACCAGAAGAUUUGAUGUUCAAUUGCAUUUCCCCCUGUUUUACAUGUAUAGUUCGAGUGUGAAGAGAGAUGGUGUCGUCGUCGAGAGAUAAUUGGGAGAAGCUGGUGAAUGCGGUGGUUAAGAGAGAGGAGAUAUGGCAGCUCUGUCACCAAAACUCCUUCUCCACCAUUGCAUCCGAUACUCCGAGAACCUCUUAUUCAAGUGGAGAAAGUCUCAGAAUUCCGAGUGAUUUGUUCAAGCGUAUACUUGUCCCACCGCCGCCUCAACCGCCGCCUCAACCUCCGCUUACUAGCCUUGAAGCUAGGAGAAAUGUUUCUGGAACUAAUACAAGGAAGCUAAUUCCUGCUUGGCUUUGGAGGAGGAAACCCAAGUUCUAUGAUGUGGCCCAAGAUGAUGAAGAUGAUCAAUCUGGACUCAGAAUCUAUUCCCAGCGUGAGCUACUGGUUGCAACAGACAGUUUUAGCGACAAAAAUAUCCUUGUACGUGGUGGACGUGGGAAAGUUUAUAAAGGUCGACUAGCAGAUGGCACUCUUGCAGAAGUUGAACGCGUGCCACCACAAGCAGCUGAGAUAGAUAUGGAAAUGAUAAGCAUUGCUACACAUUGGAAUGUAAUUCGUGCUCGUGGAUCUUGUAUUACACAAAAAGAAAAGCUGCUCGUUUAUCCGUACAUGGAUAAUGGAAGUGUAGCAUUCUGGUUAAGAGAAAGAAAAGAUUCACUUCCUCCUCUGGACUGGCUAACAAGGAUGAAAAUAGCACUUGGAGCUGCAAAGGGUCUAGCUUACCUGCAUCAUAUAUGCCCCAGGGAAAUCAUUCAUUGUGAUGUUAAAGCUUCAAACAUAUUGUUGGAUGAGUACUUUGAAGCAGUUCUUGCUAACUUAUCCUUGGGUGAAUAUGUGGAUUGCUGUGGUGAUGAUAUUGUCACUCCAGUUAAAGGAACAAUUGGCCAUAUAGCUCCUGAGUAUCUUGCUACUGGUAAGUGUUCUGUGAAAAGUGAUGUUUUUGGUUAUGGAGUCUUUCUUCUCGAGCUCAUCACUGCGAAGAGUGCGUUCGAUCUUGCUCGGUUUGCCUAUGAUAAUGACAUGUUGUUACUAGAUUGGGUUAACCAUAUUUACAAGGAGAGAGAAUGGAAAGUGAUAGUUGAUGCAGAACUUCAAGGUAAGUUCUUAGAUGAAGAAGUUGAGGACUUGUUGCAAAUAGCUCUGAUCUGCACCCAAGAUGAUCCAGAAGGACGUCCGACGAUGCUGGAAGUUGUGAGGAGGUUAGAUGUUGCAUACCGCUGGGCAAAGGGGGACAUAGAGUGGUCAAAGGAAGAUUUCAAAGGAGACAUUUUGGAAGGUCAAGAUGCCCAGAAUAUUUCUCUGGAUAAACUACAUGCUGCAACAGAGGGUUUUAGCAACAAAAUUAUCAGUGAGGAUAGUUUUAAUGUGAUCUACAAAGGCUGGUUAGACGGCUAUCCUGUUGCAGUUAAAAGAUACAAUUCUCAAAGUCUAGAAUAUUGUUUUGAAAGAGAACUAGAGAUUGGACGGAUUUGUUUGCCUAUUCCAAAUCUAAUUCAUGUGAUUGGAUUUUGCCGGAUGCCAGAAGUACAACUGCUUGUUUUCCCUUUGAUGGUCAAUGGAAGUGUUGAUUCAUGGUUAACGGGGAGAUAUGAAUCACGGCCUCCUCUCACUUGGAAACAGAGAAAAAACAUAGCAAUUGGCACUGCAAGGGGUCUAGCUCAUUUGCAUGAUAAAUGUGAAAAGAAAAUCAUUCAUUGCGAUGUCAAAGCUGCAAAUAUAAUGUUAGAUGACAAAUUCGAACCAGUUGUUGCUGACUUCAAAUCAGCCAAGAUCAUGGACCACAACGUUACUCAUAUUACCACAAGUGUGACAGGAACAAUUGGUCAUAUAGCUCCCGAGUACAUUGCCAGUGGUAAGUGUUCAGAUAAAAGUGAUGUUUUCAGUUAUGGAUCGUUUCUUCUUGAGCUCGUCACAGAACGGAGAAUUAUUGAUCUUAUUCAUGUAGCCGAUGAGAAGGACAUGAUGUAUGUUGAUUGGGUAAAAAAGAAUUAUGAGGAGAGAAGAUGGGAAUCAAUGGCUGACGAUGAAGGUGGUGAUGAUGAGAUGGAGGCAGUGGUGAAGCUGCUGAUGAAAAUAGCUGUUCUCUGCACAAGAUACAACCCAGAUAGACGUCCAAGGAUGUCGGAUGUCGUGAUGAUGUUAAAAUAUUUUGGGUGUGGUUGGGAGUUGUUAUGACAGAUCGGAUAAUAGUGUAAUCGACAAACAAAAGAACGUAAGGAGACACAGAAUUUACGUGGUCCACGUGCAAGAACGGAGAACAAAUUGUAUUAUGACUGCGAAUACAGAUACAAAGGUAUUGAUUCCAAAA